AUGGGAUUUUCUCAGGAUGGUAUUACAGGGCCACAAGAGAGCGGAAAGCGCAUAGAGAGAGGGUGGAUGAGUUUGGUGGCCGGAAGCCGGGGCGUGUGGAUAGGGUACGAAGCGGAAGGAAAGGUCGGCGUGGUCAGGGCCGACGUCAACGUGAACGAGAACGGAAACUAUCAUCUACAGACCACACGUUUGGCGUCUCUGCCGUUCGUGGACCGCCCGCCUUUCGAAGGCGCAGAGACCAGUGAUUGUCGAUCAGUGCUACAAGAUAUGGUAUUUGUUCACAUACCUAGAGAGAGACGGGAUGUAGAGCAAGGAGUGGAAACUGGAGAUGUCCGAAUGGAGGAUGAUGAGUCGCCUGUGUCUACAGAACGAGCCGGCGUAGUACUGGUUUAUCGAGACACUGUACUUGAUGACAUAGACUCACUAUCGAGGACAAGACUUGUCACUAUGGUCUUUGAACGGAGACUCCUCCAACUGGCUCCAGGGUUCAGCGAGAUGUCGGAUGCCAGCACCGAAGUGGGAGACUUGUGGGAUUGGUUUACGGCCCCACAUCCAUCACGGUCUGUUUGCAGUCCAGCCUGUACGACCAUACUCUUCCUCCACCCUCUAUCCUCUCUCCCACCCUAUACUAUUGCCCUCGCUAUAAUAUCCACCCCCAAUGGCCUCUCUAGAGUGCACCUCGACCUGGGCUCCACACAGUGGAAUUUGUUGAGUGAAUACAGGCUUGGGGACUUGCAAAGCGACAAUCUGAUUCUGCUGCCAAGUCAGGGAGUGGAAAGAGGACAUUUGGGACUUUGUGCAGUCGUUGGAAGAGAGCGUCUCCAGUUGGGUGCCGUCAGAACGUUGAACGAUCAAACAAUGAUUGGAGACCACAAGCCGGGAUCCAUGUCGCGUGAAGAGAGCCAAGCUGUUUCUGCCGCCACCAGCAUCAUUCUCGCUGAGCGGCAGGGGUCAGACUGGUCCGAUGUGAUCCGAGCUCUGACGGCAAUCGUUGAUCUGUCUUCCCAAAAUUCAUUUGUCAAUGACCUUUUGUGGCGGAUUUAUAUCUUGUCCGGGGAAGAUAGUGCCAUCGACCAGAUGGAUAUUCUAGGUCGGGUACAGGUCGCUCUGUUCAGCGCAUUCAGAGAUUCUCGUCUCGCGCUAUCUGCCGAUAUACUCCGCUUGCAUGUGGCAAGCGAGUUGCUCGAUCAGUGCGCGACAUUUGAAGAGGAUGGAAAGAUUACAUUCGACCUGGACUCGAUAUGGCCUCUGAUAUCUGUCCUUGACUGGUGUCUCUUUCUGAUAUCCAGCUCCAUGCGCCAAUCUCUCAUUUUCAGGGCCUCCUCGUCAAAUCAUCCCACUGUUCCUCAAAACUUGAUAGAUCACCCCCACACCUCAAUAUUCAUCCUUUUCCAUCCCACGCUUCGUUCACUCGUCAUCCGUAUUCUCUCCCAAUUACAUCAAUUCUGUCUUUUCCUAGCGACGCUCGGGAGACCAAUUUUGCAACCAGAGGCCGGCGGCACUGGAGGAGGAAGAAGGAGAGACCCUAUGGCGACAAUUGUGGCGAGAGAAAUGGCCGGAGACUUGGCUACGAAGUGGGGAGUAGAUUUGGAAGGGUGGGGACAGGCAUUGGAGAAGAUGGGCGAGCUUGAUGAGCUCUCAUCAGUGCAGACAUCUUUGACAUCACUAUCGGUGACACCGAUACAAGAGCACCUCCCAGCAUUCCUCGAGGCACUGCACGACUCCUCGCUGCUCUUUACGAGCGCCGCAGCUGUGAAUUCCAGGGAUGCGCCCAUGGCGUUCGAUGCUCUCGAGUGGACACUGCUACCCCCUGACAGAGGCACUGGCGAGGAGCACAAGGGCACAGGACGCGCCGACCAGCCCCUGGAGUAG